AUGGAAAUAAACUCCUUCAUCUACAUGCUGGCGCGCUUUACGACUGAGGCAGAAAAUCCUAUCAGUCUUCUAGGCGACGUUGACGGCAUCGAUUCUCUCGGUAACGAGCUUCAACGGAACCAGGGGACCGGUAGUGCUGCUCAAAAUCCAGCCCGACAGUCUCUCAACCCUCGCAUUCAACUUUUACGCCUUUCCGCUAUCGUACGAGGUCGAAUCGGUAUCCUAGGAGCCACUCCUCCAUAUCAGCCUGUGCCGCCCUCCUUAUACCGACCUCUCAGUGUCGAUCAAGAAGAAGGUCCCGGUCAACCUGGGGAGAGGACACCAUCACCCCUGCGCCAUCUCGCCUUUUCAGUUUGUCCGCCAGGUUAUGAGUCACGACGGCGCGUCCACAUAACCGGGCCAACUCACCUCCAAAGCCUCCCGAGUAGACCGGUCUUCAAGGCGGUCAAGAUGCCUCAAACCGGCUUUCAAGCUUUGAUACUUUGUGGGCCGGGCAUCGGACUCAGCACCUUUACAAGUGUCCCUGGAGAAUUUCCCAAGGCUUUGGUGGAGGUCGCCAACCGACCGAUGGUCUGGUAUGUUUUGGACUGGUGUUAUCGAAUGGGUGUCACAGACCUCACUCUUAUCACUCCGCCGACAUCGAAAGAUUCGAUUGCCGCGGCCCUUGCUCAGAAUCCAUACCUCACAUCCCUCCCUUCUCCGUCUCCCGAUCUGCUGGCUCCCAAGGACCUGGAAUACACGACACCAACAGCAGAACUACUUAGACUCCCAGAAGUACAAGAUGUGAUCAAAUCUGACUUUGUCCUACUACCAUGCGACCUGGUUUGCGACAUUCCUGGCGAAUCUUUCCUCGAAUCCUACCUGACCAGGCUAGGGGGACCCGGUGGAAUCGGGAGCAGCACAAGUUCAGACUUUGCCACAUCUAAGAACGAACUUCUACUUCUCGGAGGCGAGCAACGUGGACGCCGUGGUGGUCUGUCAGUAUGGUACAACACCAUCGACCGAGAAGAGAGUGUGAAAGGUGAAGAAUGCGACUUCAUGUGCACCACGAAACUCGACCCCGAGCAUGACAUCCCCCUCUCCAAAUCCGCAUUCGCGCCAUCUCAAGGAAUCCUUCGCAAACUUGUGUGGACAAUGCCCAUGUCAGAGCUCUGGGACCAGUGCGAAGAGGACAAAUCGUGGAAGAUUCGACAAUCACUCCUGCGCAAACACGGCGCCAUCAAGUGUCUGACCAAGUACCGCGAUUCCCAUAUCUACUUUUUCCCCUACUGGGUCAAGGAAUUCGCCAAGUUGAACGAGGACUUUGAAUCUAUCAGCGAAGAUCUUGUGGGCACGUGGGCAAAGGCCGAAUGGCGCAAACCCGGCUAUCGGGCACGAUUUGGGGCACGAAAGCUUUUCUCCCGGAAGUCUGGCGCAGAGAGAAGUGAUGUUCCAUCGCUUGAACGGCCUAUCGAAGAAGAAAUCGACUUGCUGUCUCUGAGCAGUUCGCAAAUUUCAGCCCAGCCAUUUUCACCAAACAGUCCUCCCCAGCAACGCACCGCUCGGUUGGCAUCAAGAGUUCAUGCCGAACCGGAAGACAGUGUUCUUUCUCCAGACGACGGAUCACAAGCCGGCGAGGAAGCAGGAUCUGUUCCUCUUAUCCCGCCUAUUCUCUCCUGCAUCUUGUCAUCUGCCACGGAUGCUCCUCUCGUGCGGCGUGUCGACACCACCCCACUCCUGCUCUCUGUAUCUCUUUCGCUGGCGAAACUGCCGUCCGUCGAAGAAUCGGUAGCCGCCAAAACACCUGUGUCACCGUUCUCUCAUCCGUCCAAAAUCCACGCCACAACCAGCAUUGCGCCACGCGUCACCAUCUCUCGCUCCGACACAUUGAUCGACAGCAACAGUACGAUCGCAACGCAAUGCGUAAUCAAAUCCAGCGUUAUCGGCGCAUCGGUGGCCAUUGGUACGAGUUCACGGGUGACUGGCUGUGUGAUCAUGGAUGGCGUCACCAUCGGAGAUAAAUGCGUCUUGACCAAUACGGUCGUGGGGAAGAAGGCGAAGAUUGGGAACAAGUGUUCGCUUGUGGGAUGUGAGGUGCAGGAUGGCAAUGUCGUUGCGGAGGCGACGGAAGGAAAAGGCGAAAAGUAUCUUGUCGGUGGGUUAGAGGAUGAAAUGGAAGGCGACGAAGACAGGGAAUUCGAUGACGAUGAGAACGAAGGCGAUGGUGAGGGCGAAGGAUUGAGUUUGGGCGGUCCUUGA